GGUAAGCACGAGGUAAGACGUUUAAGGUCAUCAGCCAUUUCCCUUCGUAUCGCCUAGAUAGGAAAACUCUAUGCGGGUGAGUGAAUAAUCCCUCCCACAAGCAAAAAGGUAAGGGAGACCGAUCAAAAAGCCACUGUGGUCCACCCCUCCAAAAAGCUUCUCGUAUUGCCCUUCCUUUCCCCUUGCUUCCUGAUAUUGUGCGGCUCUGGUAAUGUUAUAAUUUGGACCUGAACCUUGCUCUUCGAAAUCGAGUCCUCUCCACAUCUCUCACUCUUUCGCUCUUUCUUCUACAACACAUCCAAAAGCAACAACUUUCGUGCGACGCAAUAUUCUUUGUUUACGCUUCUGGCCAAGAACCAAAAGUGGAAGUGCAACGCAAGGGACAUGGGCCAGGAUCUGUUGAACGAGAAGACGGAGCAGAACGCGCCACUGCUAUUACCAGACGAAUAUGAACAAGACGUCAGUGACAGUGAAAGUCUACACAACGAGGAAAUGGCAGUAGAAGCGUCAAAAGUAUCAUCACUGCAUCCUGCAUUCUUCAUAGCAUUAUGGAUUGGCAUGAGCUCUCUAGUCAUUCUCUUCAACAAAUGGAUCCUCGACAGUGCAAAGUUUAGAUAUCCCAUCUUUCUUACAGCAUGGCAUAUGUUUUCGUCGGCGUUGGUUACACAGAUCAUGGCUCGCUGGACUGGAUAUCUCGAUUCAAGACAUGCGGUCCCUAUGACGAAACGAACCUACAUUCGCGCUAUUCUCCCUAUUGGUCUAUUAUUCUCUCUUUCUCUGGUCUGCGGCAACGUCACCUAUCUCUACCUUAACGUCAGCUUUGUCCAGAUGCUCAAGGCCGCAGCUCCUAUUGCCGUAUUACUCGCAACCUGGAUGUUCCGCCUCCAAGAACCCUCUUUAUCCGCUUUCGGAAACAUUUGCAUCAUUGUGGUUGGUGUAGUCAUUGCAUCUCUCGGUGAAGUCAAGUUCAACGGCCUGGGAGUCGCGUACCAAAUGAUGGGCAUUGUGUUUGAAGCCACCAGACUGGUCAUGAUUCAACGACUUUUGUCUGCAGAAUUCAAGAUGGAUCCUCUGGUCUCGCUAUACUAUUUCGCACCCGUCUGUGCUAUCACAAACGGUAUUCUUGCACUGGUAUUUGAGGCACCGCAGAUGACUUGGGGAGACUUUGAGCGUGUGGGCCUAUUCACUCUGCUCCUAAACGCAGCAGCGGCCUUCCUCUUGAACUUUGCCUCUUUGCUUUUGAUUGGCAAAACCUCCUCUCUCGUCCUCACCCUCUCUGGCGUAUUCAAAAACAUCAUGAUCGUCUUUGCCUCCAUGCUCUUCUUCCACGACCCAGUUUCUGGAAUCCAAUUCUUCGGCUUCUCAGUCGCAUUGGGAGGACUCGCAUACUAUCAACUUGGUGGUGCACCGGCAGUACGCGGCUUUUACGGACAAGCAGUUACCAAAUUCUCGGAUUAUAGGAGACCGAGUGAGGCGGAUCCUGUUUCUGCUGUUGAAGCGCAGGAAAUGAGUCCCACGAGAAAGAGCAGUGAAGAGGUUCCUCAGGAGUUGGGGGUUAAGAAUGCUUGAUUGUGGUGGAUACACUUGAGAGCAGUUUUUUCUGUAUAUAAUGUUUAGAAUUCCUUGAAGAGGUUGUAAGUGUCUGAAUGUGUGUGAUGGUGUGAUAUUGCACCUUUGAUCCCCUUUUCCUGGUGCCCAUAUCAAGACAUCUCAGCCGAGCAAAUCCGUUCCAAAAACAACAUAUCGUUAUCAUUAGAGGCUGAGAUCCGCCUCCAAAAAAAGGGAGAGUUACGAAAACAGCUUCAA